AUGCCCAGCCCAGCAGAGUUGGUUUCAGACAAUCAUGACCUCAACGCUGGUGCAAUUCGCUGCUUCAAGGAUGGCGAUGUUAGUACACCUGUCCUCCCAGCUGAUUUGGACAAUGUGAUGUCAUCCAUUUUGGUAGGAGUAACAGUAAAAAAUGCACUCAACACUCGGAACAAGCAAAUCAUUUGCACCACGUUGAAAGUGCUCCAGCACCUGGUUGUGUCAGCUGACAUGGUGGGUGAGGCCCUGGUGCCUUAUUACCGUCAAAUCCUCCCCGUCUUGAAUAUCUUCAAGAAUGUAAAUGUCAAUACAGGAGAUGGCAUUGACUACAGCCAACAAAAAAGAGAAAACAUUGGAGACCUGAUUCAGGAGACUCUGGAGAUCUUUGAGCUCUAUGGAGGAGAAGAUGCCUUCAUUAACAUCAAGUACAUGAUCCCAACUUAUGAGUCAUGUAUUUACAACUGAACCAAAUAAACAGGUCUGAAGAAGUAUGUUGUAUUAAUUUAUGUAAGUAGGAAUUAUGUAAGACUAAAUGCAUCAAUUACACCAUCAAAUGAACUACAAUUGUGUUCUUGUUUCCUUUAUUGUUUAUCAACAAUUGUUUCUUUAUGAGUGUGUGCAUUUAAACUGCCGUUGGACUCAAACCUCAGAUGCUCUGAACAAUAAAAACAAUUUCC